AGGCCAUUUUCGAGGCUCCUUGGUGUGACUUGCUGCGUGCCACGAAGAUGUUGGACGCGGAGGAGCUCUUCGUAGCCUGCAGGACCUUCAAAGCAGAGCUGAAGGACGUGGCGGAUGAAGAGAUCCGACGCCGCUCCAGGGAGAUCAUCCUCCAGCACGAUUACGAACAGGCUCCGCUCUUUUUGGUGCAUGCCUUGCAGCUGAUGCACCUUCCAAUGCAGUAUCCGGAGCACUUCGCACCUCCGACCAUUUCUGCAACAAAUCCUCAGAACGAGGACUUGCGGGCAGCAACCUACGGUGCUUUGACCUACGUGGAUUGGGUCAUUGGAGAUCUCAUCAAUGCCUUCAAGGAGAAAAAACAAUAUGAAAACACCAUCGUGUUGGUCAGCUCUGACAAUGGCGGAGCAAUCUAUGCAGGCACUGCCAACAACAAUUUCCCCUUGCGUGGAGGAAAGUUCAACAAUUUUGAAGGAGGGCAGCGCGUGAAUGCUUUCUUCAGUGGUGGUUGGGUGGAAGCCGCUCUGGCAGCAAAGUCUUUGUCACCCUUUACUAGCGAAACGGUCAUGGCCAUCAAUGAUGUCCCGGAGACAUUGCUUCACAUGGUCGGAAUCAAGCAUGGAAUGGGACAUGCUUCUGGGCCUCUUACUGGGGUGGCAUUAUGGCACAAGAUCCUUCACAAGGAGCAGCAUGAAAGGAGGAUUGUCUACUCAGAAACCAUGCAACUGAUUGUGACACCCAACGUCCAAGAUUUGAUGAAGUUCUGGUUCUUGGGAAAAACCAAAGUCAUUUCGGAUGGCAAUUGGUCAGCCAACUUCCCCAACAACACAGAGUUCAUCCCAGAUUUUGCUUACUUUUACGUCCGUCCUUGUGGCAGCAACUAUUGCUACUUCAACUUGUCAGCGGACCCCUCCGAGCAGACGAGCAUUGGGUUGUCACCUGUUGAAGUGGAUGCCUUCAGAAGAGAGUGCUCCGAUGCAUGGAACAACAAUGUCAUAAACACGUCUCGCAUUGAGUCAAUCGAAAACUCAAGCAAUGGCUACCCGUCUCAAGUGGCAUUGUGGACGCACUAUGGAGCUUCAGGUCCAUUCUUGACGAAAAAUGCGGAGCCCGUUGAAGUAUCUGCCCAGUGCUGGUGUGAUUGGAUUGAUGACGAGGUCCCACCAGAAAACGUAACCCAUAUCAUUUUCAACCUGUACCUGGGUGCAAGGUGCACAGACAUCGAUGGAGCGCGCGGCGUAGAUGGCGCCCUUGAAUGUAAAGGGCCAUUGAGGUUGACCCAAUCUCCGAUUCCUUGGUCCUUCCAAGAGGGCAUGUGGAGCAAGAUUGGCUUCCGCACUGAGAACUUUUCCUACAUCGAAGAAGCACAGUGGGAUUAUGGAAAAGCGGGUGAUGACUUUCCCCUGCCCUUGAUGAAGUGGAAUGUGCCAGUGAUUCAAGGCUUGCAGAGCAUGAACGCACGCAUCGGCUUCAAAAAUUGGGCGAACAUUGGGAAGUAUCCUUUCAACUUGGCCAUUCAUGACCAUUGUCCAGAAUUUAGGAUCUACACUGCACCUACGCCAACCACUCAAGUGACCGACUGGCUGCUUGCUGCGGGGGUUUUCGAUGACCCUACCAGGGGCGUGCGAUCCUGGGGCAAGCUAUUGACUAAAGUCCUUAAAGUCCUUAAAGAGAACAUAACCGAUGACGGGAAAGUCAGAGGCUGCAUUUUAGUCACUCCGGAUGGCAUGGUGUGCCCAACUUUGGACAACAAGCCACCUCUCAUUAAUACUUCUGAUGUGAAGAUACGACCUAUUACAAACUGCCUUGACGAAUGCAUACUCUAUGAUCCACACGCACCAUAGUUAAAUAGUGUGCCAAAAUUAGCAAUGCAAGAGGACAUGGGGUUUUGGCGCGACGAGCGUCAAAGGAAACCUGCAGUCACAAUGAUUCGGCGAUGUGCAUGUAUUGACUUUGCCUGCAAUUGUGUAUGUACAGAGUAGUUUCAAAAAUUGAAGCUCCACGCUUUUGGUUCUGGCUCCAAGCUGCAGCAGUUCUUUGCCGUGUGGUAGUGGCAGGCUGCUUUUUUGAGUAACCUGCUGCAACAGUGCAGUUGGCAUAAGCCCAUUGCAACACAAGUCCUUUUCACAUCCUCUACCUCCUGUGGUAGGAGUACACUCGCCGUAUGUCGAAAACUGCAAGAAAGACGUAAA